ACGCGACGAAACGCGACAAAACGCAACAAGAUAAAAGGCGCAGUGAUGUAUACUCUCUAACGCCUCUGCUUUGCAAUUCUUCGUUCCCUUCUUUCAUUCUUUCUAUCUUCAAGUUUUCGUUCUUGUCGUUUUUGUCGACUUCUUUUACGCAUACUUUCCGUUUUCACUUGUCACAGCAAUUUUCUUGACUUUCUUACUCGAAGCAAGAGGAGCAUUUCAUGCGAUACGAUAUUUCACUGCACCAGUUGUUCGACUACCGUGCUUAGACCACUUGACCGGCGGGAUCGUAAGCGAUCGUUCAAAGUUACAGAGUUCCGUACGUGUAUACGAUUCAAAGUACGCAUAAGAAAGUAUAGUAUAACGUAGAUCGUACUGUGAUGAUUUCGCAUAUGCGUUGGUUGCUGGUGAGCAUGGGUUGGAUAGUGUGCGGCAACCAUGCUCUGCUACAGACCUUGUUGUCGGUUUUAUUAGUCUUUUUCAUUCAAAUGACUAACGGAUCUCAGCGCGCUGUUGUUCGCUCUACGGUGGACCGAGUCUCGUAAACCGCGAAUGUUGCUUCCUUAUUUGCCCGUGUCGUCCUCUUGUUCUUCAGCGGAACAAUGGCUGGUGUGUGUUCGGUGCAUCGGGGUUCGAAUGAAAAGAGUAUUUGGGAUUUUCAGGAGAGCGAGAACGAGUUGCCCGAGUGUUCGGAUCGAAGCGAAGUUUGCAGCAAGGUGGAUUUGUAUGGAUCACCGUGGGUCGAGAGACAGUGUCGUUGCCCGGAUGGCCGUACCUGUCCUACCAGCUUACACGGAGACGAUGGACACACGAUAGUCGAUAAAACACGGCAAUAUAAGCUUUGCGAGCCAGUCAAGCGUCUUCCCAUCUGUCGUUAUUUCAAGUCUGCUGUUUCCAGGGACGUCACUUGGACUCUAGCUCCCGGAGGGGGAUCGGCGAACGCGACCGUUCAACGAGUUUACUGUCGCUGCCGGCCAAGCAGCGUGCCCUAUCUAGUUCGAAGACAAGCGCAUACAUCUCCCGAGGGAAAUCCAAGAUUUAUUUAUGCUUUCGCGUGUUCUCCGCAAAGCAGACUGCGUUGUCAACGCAAGGAGCCUUGCCGGCUGUUCACGGUACGAAAGAGACGGACGUCGCAACUAGAAGAGGUGAACGCUUCGCCCCUUUGCCAAUGUCCAAAGAGCCAUCGAUGUCCGAGGCGUCAUACGGAUCCGGGUUCGCUUCCGGCAAGAUCGUAUUCCGGGAUCCUAGAGAUUAAGACCUAUAGCGGAUACUGCGUGCCUUCGCAAUCCCAUCGCUCCGACCGCAUCGAAGCGACUUACACCGUAUAAACUG